CAGGUGGAGAGAUGCUGGGAGAACCUGGUGGCCAGCGUCCCCUUCGAUGUAUUAGAUAGGCACCUCAGCCAUUCGUCCUGAGUUGGAGACCUAACAUUCCCCACCUUAUUUGUUUCCUUAUACUCUUUAUUUAAUUUUUAAAAUUCCAAUAUUUUAAAAUGUGUAUGGGUGUUCUGCCUGCCUGCAUAUCUGUGCAGCGCAUGUGUGCCCUGCCCUCAGAAGCCAGAAGAGGGCAUCAGAUCCCCUGGAAUUGUGGUUACAGACAGUGUGAGCUGCAGUGUGGGCACUGGCAAUUAAACCUGGGUCAUCUGGAAUGUUCUCUCAACUACUCUUAACCAUUUCUCCAGCCCAGCUGUGUAUCCCAGGCUGGCCUCAAACUUGGGAUCCUCCUGCUUCCUUCUUAGCGUAACUUACUGAUGUAAACUACCACGGCGGAUCUCUGUGAGUUCGAGACCAGCCUGGUCUACAGAGCUAGUUCCAGGACAGGCUCCAAAGCCACAGAGAAACCCUGUCUUGAAAAACCAAAAAAAACAAACAAACAAAAACAAAAACAAAAAACUACCACGGCCAACAUCUUGUCCUUGUAUUUUAGAAGAGGUCUUGAACCAGAUCUGGAGCUUAUCAGUUUGGUGCCCCUGGCUGGGGUUAAGGGGCUCCAGGGAUCCGCUUGUCUCCAACGCACCCCCAGCUCCUAGGUGUGCACUGUGUCCAGCCUUUAUGUGGAUGCGGGGGGGGGGGGGUCAGAAUUCAGGCCGAGCCAUCUCCUUAGUGCCCCACCCCCUUUAGUAAACAGUAGGUUCUCAUUUAGUCCACGUUGGUCUCCAACUUGAUUUGUAGGCUAAAAUGACCUUGGACUCCUGAUCCUCCCACCUCCACCCACAAGUACUGGAGUUUCAAGCUUGUGUUCCUCUGUGUCUCUUAUAAACUCUUUGAAGGCUCCUUUAAGGGUUGACAAGCUGGCUUCGUCGGUAAAGGUCCCUAUGGACAAACCUAAUGACCUGAGUUUAAUCCCAGAGUCCUGCAGGUAGACAUCUCUUGAGUUUGAAGCCAGCCUGGUCUAUGUAGCAAGUUCCAGAACAGCCAGGGCUACAUAGAGAUCCUGUUUUAAAAGAAAAAAGAAAAGUGGUGUCAUUAUUAAGAACUUUGGCAAGGGCUGGAGAGAUGGAUCAGUGGUUAAGUACUGGCUGCUUUUCCAAAGACGCAGGUUCAAUCCACUUCCAGGAGAUCUGACACCCUCACAUAGACAUAACAUACAAGGAUAAAAAAAACCCAGCAAUGCACAUUAGAAAACUGUGAAAAAAAAUAAAUUGCUUUCUUAAAAAUAAAAAAGGAAUUUGGCAUGGCCGGGUGGUGGUGGUGCAUACCUUUAAUCUCAGCACUGGGGAGGAAGAGGCAGGUGGAUCUCUUGAGAUCUAGGCCAGCCUGAUCUACAGAGUGAGUUUCAGGACAGCCAGGGCUACACAAAGAAAUGCUGUCUAAAAACAAAAUAACUUUGGCAUGCUUGUUUGGUCUCUGAUCAUGUAUUUAUGAAGCACCAGCUUGAUGCUGGGGCUAAGGAUAUAGUAAUAAGCCCUGACCCCUGUCCAUGGCAGCUCACUGAUUCAGGAUGCUGAAGGGUUUUGUCAGCUCCCUGAGAGGCUGGGUACCUGGGUACCUGGGUACUGAAAACCUCCAGGGAAAUAGGCCAUUCUUUCUUCCUCUUGUUAUACUGAAUUCUAUUCAACGUCACCACGAUCCUGCAUAAGGCAGUAUUGCCACUUCAUGAACGUGGGGAGAUCUGAGAUGGGGAGAUUUCAGUGGCUAGGGUUCCACAGCUAGCAACUGUCAGCUGGUGUUGGCAUCUGUAUCCUGGGCAGGCUAGGGAAGAGGUGCCUGUGACAGGAAUCACUUGGGGCAGGUUGGUCAGGGGCUGUCAGGGCUGUGGAGGUAGUGGGCCUGUGAUGGAGAAAACAUGAACGUGUUGGGUACCGUUGGUGGGAGGUCAUCUCUAUGUCUUCUCCCGGGUAUGGGAGAAAUUCCACAUGGCCUUUCCCACCUUUUGAUUGCAGAUGCUGGGUGUUUUAGGGAUGCUAAAUGGGUUCAGGCCAUGUGAAAAAGUUGGUGGUGGCCAAUUAAGAGGGUGAUCAGGCUGGGCAGGAGGAUCAGGGAUCCAGAUGUGAACCACCACCUGUCUCCUGCUCUAGAGCAUCUGGUUAGAGUACUGCUGUUCUUCACUAGGGACAAUGACCCUGCACUUAGAACCCAAGGCUGGGUGGCCUAAUUCCGUUUCUUGGCCAUUGGCCCAGCUUCUUAUUCCUGAAGCCAAGCAAUCCCUGAUCAGCAGCAAUCUCUGCCAUCACAGGCCAGAGUCGCCCCAAGCCCGUGGUCUCAGCAGUCUUCACUGCUUACAGAGGGGACUCUGAAGUUUUGGGGGGGUGGGACUUUUCCAUGUGAUUACUCACUGUGAAUUUGCUUUUGUAAAACCAAGAAAGAGCUGUAAGGAACUUCCAGGCAUAUGCAAGAAAGUCUCCUUUUUCUAGUGCAGUAUCACCUGGAAGUCACCACUGGGCUGGUUAGCAAUCAGGAUAGCUGAUCUGCAUUCCACCAAUCAGAAUUCACCGUCAGGGAGCUGGAGAGGUGGCUCAGCGGUUAAGAGCACUGACUGCUCUUCCAGAGGACCCAGGUUCAAUCCCCAGCACCCACAUGGCAGCUCACAACUGUCUAACUCCAGUUCCAGGGGAUCUGGCAUCUUCACACAGACAUGCAUGCAGGCAAAACAUUAGUGCAAAUAAAAUAAAAAGUAAUAAAAGUUUUUUUUUUCUUUAAAGAAUUCACGGUCAGCUCACACUCUACACACUAGAACUCCUGGCUAGCUUACCGACAUUCCACCACUUAUAACACCCACUCGCCCCCACCCCCACCCCGCUCAGCAGUCACCUGCUAACUCCCAGCUGGAGCUUCCUGGCUGUUGUUUAGGCGAGUCAUUGAGACAGUCCCAAUCCCCAUGCAGAAUUGCAGCUUUGCAGGGACAGUUUCUUUCUCAGAGCUGAGUCCGGGGGGUGACCAUGUUAAUUGGCAGUUGGUUCCUGAGCAAGGCAGUUGGGCUAGGGACCUGCUCACCGUCUGGUAGCCAGGAUCUCUUCCUCGUGGGAGUUCUGUGAUGGACCCUUUCCGGGCCAGGGCUGUGAGGUUCCCAGUCAGUGUCCGGGGUAGCCGAGUUGAUGGGAACUGCAGGGGACUGCUUGCAGCUGUACCCUGUCUGCCAUCCCACCCGGUAGGGCCUAGAGUGAGUCAGUCACACACACUUAGUUGUGCAGGUUGUGAUUGUGUGUGGGCCCUUAACAGAGGGCACACCCAGUUGGAGCCUGCUCUGCCCUACUCUACACAGCACAGGACCAUAUCUAUGGUUCACUGCUGCAGUGAAAGCCAGGGAGAAAGAGGUCUCAAUAAUAGCACCUGUGAUUCCAGCACUUGGAAGGCUGAGGCAGGAGGAUUGCUGUGAGGCCAGUCUGGGCUGUAAGAGUGAAACCUUGUCACAAACACAGCAGCAACAAAGGAGUCAACAUUGUAACUCUCCAUGGUGCCUGACCCUCCUUUCCUGGGGAACCUGUUCCACCUUGCUCUGGGGUCCCAAUGCCACAUUUUACUGAAGCUGGUCCCUUCCUCUAACCUGGGAAUCAAGUACCCUUAAGUCUACUCACUGGUUCUUUGAAACAGUGUCUUUUUUUUUUCUUUUGGUUUUCGAGACAGGGUUUCUCUGUAGCUUUGUAGCCUGUCCUGGAACUAGCUCUUAUAGACUAGACUGGCCUCGAACUCACAGAGAUUCGCCUGCCUCUGCCUCCCAAGUGCUGGGAUUAAAGGCGUGCACCACUACUGCCCUGCUGAGACAACAGUGUCUUAUUCAACAGCAUAGAUUAUCCUCAAACUCAGGAUCUUCCUGCCUCUACCUAGCUCUAGGAUUACAGAUGUGUGACACUAUGCUUUCUUGUUUUGUUUUUUAAAUGGAGUUCUGGGGAUUGAAUCUAGGACUUUGAGCAUGUUAAGCAAUCACUUUAUCAACUGAACCACAGCCUUAACCUCGUUUAUUUAUUUUUAAAAUUGCACUCCGGUAUUCUGAGGCCCUUAAGACAGGCUAGCCCUCUGGGUAGCCUGAGGCUGGUUAUAAGCUCUGUUUGGAGACCCAGGGUUAGAUCAGUUUUAGCCUUUGAGGUGUCAUUAGCAGGGGCCCAGAGACUGGGCGAGCUGAGGGGGAGACUCCCGCAUCAAUCAGGGUUGGGUGGGGAAUUCUAAUCCCUGGGUGACUUGUUUCUGUGACUUCUCAUGUGUGUAUGCGUAUGUAUUUAUAGUGUUUAUGUGUAGGAUGCCCACAGAGGCCAGGGUAUCGAUGCCCUGCAGUUGCAGUUACGGGCAGGCAGUUUGGAGCCACCUGGUGUGGGUUUUGGGACCCGAACUGAGGUCCUGUAGAAGAGCAAGAACUCUUAGCUGCUUAGCCAUCUCUUCAUCCUCCCUCCUACUAACCACUUUUAAAAUUUGAGUCGGGGUCCCAUGUAGUCUGUAGCCCAGGCUGACUUUGAACUUGCGAUGUAGGUGAGGAUAAGCUUGAACUUAAUUUUGCCCUUGCCUUCCUAGUGCUGGUAUUACUGGCAUAUUGCCAUGGUGCCAGACGCCUCGUCUCUUUCAUUGUUUUUUUUGAGACAGGCGUCUUCCUGUGUAGCCCAGGCUGGCCUCAAAAACCCCCCCCCCCCACUCUUUCAGCACUGCGUCCUAAGUGCUUACAUUCAGGCGUGGGCCGUCAUAUCCUUCAAAGUCUUGCCUUCAAAGUCCUGUGGUGUUUGAUUUCACUGGCCCCCUGGCUCCAGAGGAGGUGUGUUCAGGGCCAGACCCCAAGGACUGAGGAGCAUGGCUUUGUCCUGCUCUGAGUCCUUGUCCCCUUCCAGAUGCCCCAUUGCUUCCUUUUUGGGGCUGGGAAAAGGGAGGCAUCCUGGACCUCCAGCUAUUCCGCCCUAACACUGUUUAUCCCCACCCUAAGCUUUAAGUAGGGAAGUCUCAUCUGUGGGAGACCUGGGCCCCUUUAGGUCCUAUGGGGACCUAGGGAGAAGGGGCCAUGUAUUCUGGGUGCUCUGGGGUCCUGGGCAGAAGGGACCUGGCUUGAUGGAGUGGGAAGGGAGCUGCUUUGCCUCCAAGUCGCCUGCAGUAGCCAACAGGGAACUCAUUCCCAGCUGUCCAUCCUUUCUGUUGGGAGAGGAUGCUGAGGCCCUGGAAGGGGCAGGGAUGCUGCUAGGGUCCUUUAGGGAGCUGAGGCAGGACAGAUGGGGUAGGCUGGGUGGGGCUGGACAGGCUUCAGCUGUUUCCAGCUGCUGCAGAUGUGUCCCCUGCUGGGCUGCACAGCAGCCCAUUUUCCCUGAGGAUAGAGGCAGGAGCCAGCUCACUGCAAGAGAGUUAGAUCUGGCACCCCGUUGACCUCAGACUCCACAUCAAUGAGCCUUGCCAACAUUCCUCUGACCCCCGAGACCCAGCGGGACCAGGAAAGGCGGAUCCGGCGGGAGAUUGCCAACAGCAACGAGCGAAGGCGCAUGCAGAGCAUCAACGCGGGCUUCCAGUCCCUCAAGACUCUCAUUCCCCACACAGAUGGCGAGAAACUCAGCAAGGCAGCCAUUCUCCAGCAGACAGCAGAAUACAUCUUCUCUCUCGAGCAGGAGAAGACGAGACUCCUGCAGCAGAACACGCAGCUCAAGCGCUUCAUCCAGGAGCUGAGUGGCUCAUCCCCCAAGCGGCGACGGGCAGAAGACAAGGACGAGGGCAUUGGCUCCCCUGACAUCUGGGAGGACGAGAAGGCUGAGGACCUUAGGAGGGAAAUGAUUGAGCUUCGGCAACAGUUAGACAAGGAGCGAUCUGUGCGGAUGAUGCUGGAGGAGCAGGUGCGCUCCCUUGAGGCCCACAUGUACCCGGAAAAACUCAAGGUGAUCGCACAGCAGGUGCAGCUGCAGCAGCAGCAGGAGCAGGUGCGGCUGCUGCAUCAGGAGAAGCUGGAGCGGGAACAGCAGCACCUGCGGACUCAGCUUCUGCCUCCAGCCCCGACCCAUCACCCCACAGUGAUCGUGCCUGCGCCAGCCCCGCCUUCCUCCCACCACAUCAAUGUUGUCACCAUGGGCCCCUCCUCAGUCAUCAAUUCUGUUUCUACAUCCCGGCAAAAUCUGGACACCAUUGUGCAGGCAAUCCAGCACAUUGAGGGCACCCAGGACAAGCAGGAGCUGGAGGAGGAACAGAGACGAGCGGUGAUCGUGAAGUCCGUUCGCAGUUGCGCAGACGCUCACACCUCCGAUACCGCCUCGGACUCUGAGGCCUCGGACAGCGACGCCAUGGACCAGAGCCGGGAGGAGCCUUUGGGGGACGGGGAGCUUCCCUGACCACCCCCAGCCCUCCUCUCCCUUCUGGGGUUAGAGGGGGCCGGGGUAACAACAGGGAGAAACAUGGGUGAAUGAGUGAGGAAUUUUUACAAAAUUAUGAUGUCAUUUGGGUCUCUUUUAUGACCUCUUUUUCAAUACUGUAAGUCGACCUUUGAUCGAAGCCACCCAAGCCCAGGUCCCAGGGUUGGGGUGGCAUAGCACGCGUGGGAGCAUGGGACUCCAGGGCUGGGCCUCGGCCCUGGGGCCGGGGAAGCUGACACUGAGGUGCCGGGUCUCUCUCCGCCAAAAAUCUUUUUCUGUUUGUUUGUUUGUUUUCCUUCCAUUUAAACGUGUUUUUAAGAACAGGGAAAAUCAAACAAAACCCCAAGGUGUUUUCCCCCUCCCCAGGGCCAGCCCGAGACGGUCAGUCUUAGCCCCCUUCCCUCCUGUUUGGUUUUCUUUUUUCUCUUUUAAGCACUUACAUGGGUUGGGGGUCAGGCUGGGUUGGGGCUUUCUGGGGACCUGGGGCUCUACUUGUUUCUCGGUUGGGGGUUGCUGCUGCCAUUCUCUCCUCCCCCUCCCCACCUCAGCACCGGAAUUGACCAUUCUCUGCUACCACCUUCCCUCUAGGGUUUCCAUCAUUGACCCCAAAAAUGUCUUUGUCUCUCUUUUUGUUUUGUUCGUUGUUGGUUUUAUUUUGGUUUUGGUUUCUGUAAUUUUUUAAAUUUUUCUUUUUUCUUUUUCUUUUUUUUUUUUUUUACACAAUUUUGAGGUCUUUGUGUCCAAGGAGAAGCUAUUAUAUUUUGUUAAGAAAGUGGGGGUAGGGAACAAAAUACCAAGAGGCCAUUGUGCCUUUGUAAAGAAACAAAAUAAAAUUUGUACUUUGUUUUUUA